AUGUUUUUGAGUUCACGGUUGAGGGUUUUGAGUGCGGGAUCGAAGAUUAACCCGCGUCUCACAACCGGUUUUGCCUCAAAUCCUCGGCCUUUCGAAGAGAUUCCCGGGCCCAAAUCGCUGCCCCUCAUUGGAACACUCCACAGAUAUCUUCCGGUUGUCGGUGAUUACAGCUUCAAAAAAUUGCACAAAACUGGAGCUAAGAAAUUGGCAGAAUUCGGCCCAUUGGUCCGAGAAGAAAUAGUUCCAGGUGUUCACUUGGUUCUGGUCUUCAAACCCGAAGAUAUUGCCGAGGUUUUCAAAAGUGAGAUCGGAAAAUUUCCGGAAAGACGAAGUCAUCUUGCCCUCAUGAAAUACAGAACUGACAGAAAGGAGAUUUACAACUCUGCUGGAUUAUUACCUACAAAAGGCGAGGAGUGGUGGAGACUUCGUAAAGAAUUCCAGAAAGACCUGAGCAAGCCCCAGAGCAUAGUGAACUACAUUGGAGACAUUGACAAAGUCAUGAAGAAAUUCAUUAGCGUCUGUGGCCCGGGGUUCCACAGAGAUCUUCUGCCUCUCCUCUCGCGGUUGUAUCUUGAACUGACUUGUCUAGUGGUCUUCGACGAGCCUUUGGACGUAUUUUCUGAGGAACAAAUGCUGAGCAAUUCAAAGAGUUCAAAGUUGAUCAAAGCAGCUUUCGAUGCCAACGAUCUCAUCCUAAUUCUAGAUCACUCUCGUCUCUGGAGAUACUUUGAAACCCCAACGUUCAAGAGAUUUCGGGGAAAUCUGGAGAUCAUGCAGGAAGUUGCUAUUGACAUGGUAAUCCGGAAGGCGAAUAAAAUGAAGGAAAAGGGCGUCAGCGAGAAGCCAUCGAUUUUAGAAAAUUAUAUCUGCAAUCCAAAUAUUGAUCUUAAGGACGUGGUGGGAGUGGCUUGUGACAUGCUACUGGCUGGAAUAGACACGACGGCGUACACCUCGUCCUACGCUCUGUACCACGUCUCGAGGAAUAACGAAGUUCAGGAGAAACUUCGAGAGGAAGUGAAGAGACUUCUUCCCGAGGUCGACAGUCCAAUCACGUCGGCUACAAUCAGGGAUGCGACGUACGUGAAGGCUGUAAUUAAGGAGACUUUCAGGUUGAAUCCAAUUUCUAUUGGUGUCGGGAGGAUUCUCCUGUCUGACAUCGUCCUCAGUGGAUAUCUAGUCCCCAAGGGAACUAAUGUUGUAACUCAGAAUCAAGUCGCCUGUCGAUUGCCCGAGUAUUUUCCCGAUCCUGACUCAUUCAAACCUGAGAGAUGGUUGAGAGAGAAUCCAGACUCAAAAGACAUUCAUCCUUAUCUGCUACUGCCUUUUGGCCAUGGCCCAAGAGCCUGCAUUGCGAGAAGAUUAGCAGAGCAAAAUCUACAGCUGUUUUUACUUCGAUUUUUCAGAGCCUACAGUGUGGAGUGGAGAGGAGGAGUCAUUGACUGCCUGUCAGUGCCUCUGAACACUCCAGACGGUCCAAUUGCUCUGGAAUUGACUGAUGAACGGAGGAAAUGACUGAAUCAAUAGGACAAUUGUCACGAAAUUUCGUGAAUGAUUUGAUCCAAUUUGAUUACGUGGAGAAUUCGUGGAGAAAUCGUGGGAUUAUUCAUUUUCAUUCUGGAGAAUUCCGCAUUGUCUGGACGUGGAGAUCGAUACGAGUGGAUGACCCCGAGGAAGCGGUCACGACUGCUUGAACGAACGUUCGUUAAAACUAUAAUGUUACUGAAUUAGACUGGGGAAGUGAGAAAAUUGACGUAAUUUAAUUAUUUCAUUAAAAACCUAUUGAAAACUCGAUUUCAUCGGAUUCCAGAUCAAUCAAUUCAGGAAUUCAUUUAAAAGAAGAAUUCACUAGAAUUUACUCCAAAACUCUUAUCAUUCGAUUAAAUUUUUUACUCAAGGAUAUUUAUUUUUAACAAUUCUAUGAGAAUAAAUUCAUUUUAGUGAGACUUUGGGAAAGUUGAUAUGCAGUGAAUCAGGAAAAAUUCACUUGCCACUCAGAAGAAAAAUCAAACCGAUUUUUUUUUUUGCUACGGGAGAAUCGGUCCCCUGUCGCCAAAAUACAAUAUUCUGAGUCACGUGGGGUGAAAAAUAUUGGACAUCCGUGGAACAAAAUGAAAAAAAAAAGUGUGUGGUGGGAGAGAUUUCUCGGAAACGUGGGCGACAUGCAUGGUAAUACGGUUGUUUGUUAUUGCCCACGCCUUCAUAUGCCCUCACGACGAAAAUUCACUCGAGACAUUUUUAAAAGGAGGCGAACGGUUUUUAUAUCCCAUACACUUUUGGUCAACAUUUUUUACUGUCACUCCAUCGGGAUUUAAAUGGAUUCUUCCUCAUUGACCGCAGCCCACGAUUUUAAACUCGCUCCAUAUAAGUUUUGAUGCAUUUGUGGUACCUCUCGGGAAUUUAAUUGACCAUUGUCUUUAUACAAUAUUUGUUAUGAAUUUAUUAUGAAUUUAUUAUGAAUUUAUCAUAUUAAUGAAUUAAUUAAUUCAAUUAAUCCAGCGUAAAUUGUUCGCGAAAUAUUCUAUAAUUGUUAAUCAUGGA